AUGGCUGCUAUCCCCGCUGACGGAACAUGGUUUGACACCCUCAAGAAGUCCUUCGCUGAUGUCCCCAUCGGUGCGGAUGAGGGCAUCUCAACCACCGAGUUCCUCGAGGCCGCUGAGUCCCUGGUGACUCUCUUUGAUGUCCUCGGCUCCGCUGCUUUCACUCCUGUCAAGAAUGAUCUCCUUGGCAACAUCAAGAAAGUCCGCGAGCGUCAACAGGCAGCUCCUGCUGAGUCUGAGACCCUGCAGGCCCUUGUCCUCAACGAAUUGAAGACCGGCAAGCACACUGCCACCGAAGGUCUGGUCUGGCUGGUCCGAGGCCUCGACUUUACCGUUCAAGCCCUCCGUCACAACAUCGACAACGGCUCCGCCGAGCUAUCGGACUCCUUCCGUGGAGCCUACGGCAACACUCUCAAGCCCCACCACUCCUUCUUUGUCAAGCCCAUCUUCAGCGCUGCCAUGAGUGCUACCCCAUACCGCAAGGACUUCUACCCCAAGCUGGGUCAGGAUCAGGCCAAGGUUUCUGCUUCCAUGGCGAAGGAGGUUGCUGCUUUGGAGAAGGUCGUCGCUAUCGUGAAGGCUUUCCAGGAUACCAAGGCUGCUAAGUGGUAA